CUCCAAGAGACAGUCAAAAGGAAGUUGGAAGGUGCACGCUCACCUCUCAAUGGAGAACAGCAGAAUGGAGUUUGCGAUGGAAGCUUUUCUCCGACCAGCAAGCGGAUACGGAAGGAUGUACCAGGCAUUGAGGCCAUCAACAGCUUGCCCAAUAAUUUGCCUUUGCCCGCUGUUUCUCCUCUUCACCAGCUGGACAUGAAAGCUCCCCUGCCCCUGCAGAACAGUGGAACUCAUGGUAGUGGUCUAGAUGACUUGGGUAAAAAUGGUGGACUUUCCGAGAUAAAGCUCCCCGUUAAUGGUUGCAAUGAGCUAGAUGAUAGUUUUAACAUCCUGCAGAAUAAGGAGCUAAAGCAAGAGCCUUUGGAUGAUGCCAGCUGCAUAGACACUUCUGAAACAUCUCUUUCCAAUCAGAACAAGCUCUUCUCAGACAUUAACCUGAAUGACCAGGAGUGGCAGGAGCUAAUAGAUGAGCUAGCAAACACCGUUCCAGAAGAUGAUAUACAAGAUUUGUUCAACGAAGACUUUGAAGAGAAGAAGGAGCCGGAAUUUCCCAGGCCUGCCACAGAGACUCAAGAGAGUGCGAGUGUGAAAAGCGACCCCUCUCAUUCUCCAUUUGCUCAUGUCCCGCUAGGGUCUCCUCAGGUGAGGCCUUCUUCUUCCGGUCCUCCAUUUUCAAACGUCUCCACAGCAUCUAGUGUAGCUUCUGCAUCCAGCGCCCCGCCAGCUCCGCUCCCUGCCGGCUCGCCAGCAAACUGUGUUGUUCAGUCACCUCAGACUCCCAACCAGCCCCACACUCCAGGCCAGACACAGACGCGGCCUGGAAAUGGCUAUCUUAUGAAUCCAGCGGCAGCAACCGUGGCAGGAUCAGGGCCUGGACCUGUGAAUAUGCCAAGUGCUGACUUGUCUCCAGCUGAACAGCUCAAGCAAAUGGCAGCACAGCAGCAGCAAAGAGCUAAGCUCAUGCAGCAGAAGCAGCAGCAGCAGCAUCCAAAUCAAGCCUCAAGCUGGUCACCUGUGGGCCCUCCAUCCAGUCCAUAUGGAGGACCCUUCAGCACAGACAAACCAAAUAGCCCAAUGAUGUAUCCCCAAGCCUUUAACAACCAAAACCCAAUAGUGCCUCCUAUGGCAAACAAUCCACAGAAGACCACAAUUAAUAACUACCUCCCUCAAAAUCACAUGAAUAUGAUCAGUCAGCAGCCAAAUAACCUGGGCACAAACUCCUUAAGCAAACAGCCCAAUAUGCUUUCUUACGGCAACACCAAACCUCUAACCCACUUCAAUGCAGAGUUGAGUCAGAGGAUGACCCCACCGAUGGCCAAUCCCAGCAAGAACCCCAUGAUGCCGUACAUCCAGCAGCAGCAGUCCCAGCAGCCGCAGAUGCAAGCUCAGAUGGCACACCUGAGCGAGGAGCAGAAGCGCAUGCUCAUCAUGAAGCAGAAAGGAAUGAUGAACCAGUCCAUGGCAUAUGCAACACUUCCUUCCCUUGGUCAG